AUGCUGCUGCUGCUGCUGCUGCUGCUGCUGCUGCUGCUGGCCCUGCUGUGGGCAGGGUCUCUGGCUCAGGAUGCAAGAUUCCAGUUGCAAGUGCAGGGGUCCGUGACGUUGCAGGAGGGCCAGUGUGUCUUCGUGCCCUUCACUGUGAUCUACCCCAAUAAAAGCUGGACUGAGUCUGCCCCAGCUCAUUGCUACUGGUUUUUGGAAGGGGCCAACACAAACACGGAUCCUCCUGUGGCCACAAACGACCCCAAUUGCAAAGUGAGGGACGACAUCAGGGGUCGAUUCCACCUUUUCGGGAAUCCCUGGACCUCCAACGGUUCCCUGCACAUCAGAGAUGCACAGAAAAGGGACGCAGGGAGAUACUUCUUUAGGAUAGAGCGAGGGUCCUAUGUGAAAGAGAAUUACAAAAACAACAUGCUGUCUGUACAUGUGACAGAUCUGGUAACUGACAUCCACAUCCUGGGGACCCUGGAAUAUGGACACCCCAACAACAUUACAUGUACAAUAUCAUGGGCCUGUGACAGAGAGACACCACCCUUCUUCUCCAGGAUGGGAGCCAACCUCACACCCCUGGGUCCUGAGACUCCCAACUCCUCAGUGCUCACCCUCACACCAGGGCCCCAGCACCACAGCACCAACCUCACCUGUCAGGUGGCCUUGCCAGGUGGUGAGAUCAAGGAGAAGACUGUCCAGCUCAAUGUGCCCUAUGCACUCCAGAACCUAACUAUCAUGUCCUGGCAAGAAGGCACAGGAUAUAAAGUUCUGUCUAAGGGCUCAUCUCUCCAAGUCCAGGAGGGCAAGUCCCUGCACCUGGUGUGUAAAGCCUACAGCAACCCACCUGCCAGUACGUGGUGGGCCCAGGGCAGCCUGACCCUGGAGUCCAUGCACCCAGGGGUCCUGAAGCUGCCCCAGGUGGAACUGGAGGACCAUGGGAAAUACAUCUGCCGAGCUCAGAAGCACGAGUCAGCCUCUCUGGAAGUCUCUGUGACCCUCAGUGUGAAGAACCCCCCACAGCUGCAGGGACCCUCCUGCUCCUGGGAGGACCAGGGUCUCCACUGCAGCCUGUCCUCUUGAGCUCAGCCGGCCCCCUCGCUGUGCUGGUGGCUGGGGGAGGGCCUCUUGGAGGGGAACCAUAGCAAUGCCU